GGAGGCUUGGACCAGGAGCUUCGUGAUCAAUUUAACACACAUCAUAUUUUCCCCAUGUGGUUGACAUAAUGGAACGAAAUGGAACGGUCAUGCUAAGUCUUGGUGGCUAUGUAGAGAUUGAAAAAUACAGAUAUGUGUACUUUCUGUUUUUGUUGCCACUAUUUGUUGUUAUUCUCUGCUCUAACGGCAUUAUUAUUUUUCUUAUCUGGAUUCACAGGAAGCUUCAUGAACCCAUGUACAUUUUCAUUGCAGCGCUAUCUCUCAACUCGAUUUUGCUCACCACACCCAUCUACCCUAAGAUUUUAGUGGAUGUGUUGUCUCACAAGCAGAUAAUUUCUUACUCAGGCUGUUUGACUCAGGCAUUUUUUUAUUACAGUGUAUCAGCUUCUGAUUUUCUCUUGUUGUUAGCCAUGGCCUAUGACAGGUAUGUGUCCAUCUGUAGGCCCAUGCAAUAUUCCUCUAUCAUGGGCACAACUACUGUCACCAUUUUCUUGGCUUUGGCCUGGUUUCUGCCUGCCUUUCAGAUGUCGGUGUCAUUGGUUCUGCAGUCCAAACAAAAAAUAUGUAACACCACUCUGGAAGGAUUUUAUUGCAACGUUAAAAUGCUUAAGAUUCACUGUUCAACACCAAUUUAUCUGACUGUGUGGGCUUUAUUUAAUCUAACAUGCAUUACCUUCUUGCCUAUGCUGUUGAUCCUCAUCACGUACAUUAAGAUAUUCAUAACCAUCCAUAAUAGCCAUGGAGAAAUCCGGAAAAAAGCCCUAGAUACGUGUUUACCUCACGUGACUGUUUUAAUCAUAACCUUCAGUUUGCUGUCCAUUGACAUAAUUAUCGCGUUUCUGGGGGCAGUGCUUCCAAAAAGGGUUUCACUAAUUUUUAAUUUGCAAGUACUUGUGUACAAUCCUCUCUGUAAUCCAAUCAUGUAUGGUUUGAAGAUGAAAGAAAUCUGGAAACGCAUCAAGAGAAUGUUGUUGAGAGAAUGAAUAAUAAGGCAGAAAGAAAAUGGUUUUAAUUUGUGCAUUUGUAAAUAUGCAUGAAAACAUGUUUGUGGCUGGUGUGUGUUUUUCUGUGCAUUUAAGCCUGUGUGCCUUUGUGAUUUUGUGUUUUGCGUCAACUAUGCUAAUUCCAAAUAAUUUUAAGAAAACAAUGAAUUUGCUUGAUUUGUUCAUAUGGAGUCUCAGUAGCAUGAUUAAAUCAUAAUCAUCUAUCUGUUAUUAAUUGUGUGAUAUUUAUUAUAAAAUAUAGUACGAAAUGCUAUAAUGCACAAUAUGUUACCCUCCUCCCCGUAGUGGUUUUUAUCCUUGGCCCAGAAUUGCUUCCAAGUACAUUUUUCUUAAUGAUUUGUUGUAAUUGUUUCGGGAUACUGCAUGAAAAGAAAACAAUCAAGCCCUUGAAUAUGGUUUUGAAAAUUAUGUGGUUAAGGACAGGUAUGGUACAAAAGGUCCACUGACAUACAACAUUUAAGUCAACAGGAGUGCACUAGCUCAUAAAAUGUAGGUGUUGUUGUCACCCUGUCCAGAUCCAGUGACAAUGUGAGAUGUGAGCGUGCCACCUUUGAAUGGGAAGCCAGAGAAAACUGUCAUUGAUUGCAAAGGUUUCACGCCCACAACAGUGCAAAACACCCUUUUUCAAAUGCACCCACCUGCUUGUCCACCAAAUAUGAUCCAACACCCGGUCAAAUAUGCCACCUCGCUUGUUGCAAUAAAAAACUAGUCUACAUUUUUGCUAUUCACUAAAAUAUAGCCCCAUGUACUGAAUUUUUAUUUUUUAAAUAAUUUUUUUGAAAAUGACCUGGCGUACAGGCAGUACAUGAUUGAGCAGUUUUGUAAGUCCUUCUUACAGUUCUCAGAUCAAAGGUUCUAUCCUGGGCACUAGAAGUCCUCCGUGGAGUUUGCAAUGGCGUUAUUAGCCUACAUGAUGCCCUAGGUGACACAAGACACUUUGUCCCCCUUCCCCCCAUCAAAAAAUAAAAUAAAAAACUGAGUUGACCCAGUUGACCCACAGUUGACCCACAAUUUAAAGCACAUGACGUAUACCGUAUUUUUCGGACUAUAAUUCGCACCGGAGUAUAAAUCGCAUUUUUGGGGGAAAUUUAUUUGAUAAAAUCCAACACAUAGAACUAGAGAUGGGAAUCUUUGGGCACCUAACGAUUCAAUUACGAUUCAGAGACUCCGAUUUGAUUAUAAAUCGAUUAUUUAUGCCCCCCCCCCAACCCCCAUUAAAAAAAAAAAAAAAAAAAAAUGUUUUGUAUAUUUGUUCCAAAAUUGUUCAAAAAUCCUCCCAGGAUAAAUAAACCAAACUACUAUUUUAGUAUCAAGUUAUUGGUUAAAAACAGUAAAUAAAAUACUCAAGUCCCCAAUCUGUUUCAGCAGCUUUAAACUACAUUCAAUUAAUUUAAUGUUGUGAAUCAACCGUUAAAGUUGUUAAAAUUGCGCCCGUUAUUCCAUAAUUUCCCUCAUGUCUACUUUCGACAUGUGAAAGUUUUGAAACUUUCAUCAUUUAAAGAUAGAUUCAAGUCAAAAUUUUGCCAUUUUAGGGGUAUUUUAGAUAAAAAGUAAUUAGGUUCUCCAUAACAGAGCCUUCUAGAGAAGUCUACUGCUUUAAGAUGGCGCCUGUUUACUCACGCGGGAAAGUCUGUCAUUUCACAUCUAGUCUAGAUAUAUGUGAUAGCUACCAUAGCCGUAUGUUGCCGUAUGUUUGUAGCAACUACCAACUGGGCGCUGUUUGUAGCGGCUGACGGCCACAGUCAGGUAUUAUUGUUUUUUUUUUUUUUACCUAGCGGCAUUAGCUGCACAUGAUAUUUACUCUCAGUCCGUUCCUCAUUGCGUUCCGAAGACCGCGCUGACUGCGUUUUAUUUCCGCUUUACCUGGUAUAAUUCAAUAAUCAGAAUUUGGAUGUUUGUGAAUCGUCCUCGAAUCUUCCACGGCUGAAUCGCGAAUAAUCUAAGAAUCAGAAAUUUUGCACGCCUCUACAUAGAACUGAUAUGUCAUCUUGAAAGGCAAUUUAAAAUUAAAAAUACAAUAGAGAACAACAUGGUGAAUAAGUGUACAGUAUGAUAAUGAUACAUGAGCAACGAAAUGCGAACUUGGCCGGUAUGUUAACGUAACAUAGCUAUUAAGAGUUAUUCAUAUAACUAUAGCAUAAAGAACAUGCUAACAAAGUUUACCAAACCAUCAGUGUCACACCAAAACACCAAAAUAACAUGUGAAAUGACAUAAUAAUGUGUUAAUAAUUUCACAGAUAAGUCGCUCCAGAGUAUAAGUCGCACCCCCAGCCAAACUAUGGGGAAAAAAAUAUGCGAUUUAUAGUACGAAUAAUACGGUACUUAGCACAACUUAAUAACCAAACACAGCAUUUGUGAAGACU